AAUACCAAUCCUACCUCUUACAACAGAAGGGAAAAGUCCAUAGUGAAACCAGUCAGUGGCAGCUUCACGAUACAGCCAAGUCACUCAAGGGCUGAUAUAGUGCUGGAGGGCCAUACCACUCUGCCCUCUGGGAUGCAAGGGCAAACUGGAGUUGACCAGGCCAGGAGGCUUCUACCUGAAUGCAGAGAAGCUGAUGAAAAAGGAUUUAUUUAUUCGAGGACUAAGAGAACCUGCAGGGAUUCUGGUACAGGCUCUGCUACUCACCAUAUCACCUUGGGCAGGCACAGCUCAACCCUGCUUUGGGACUUCCUCCAACGAAACUGAUUCCACACCAGGCAACACUGCUAAACCAGCAACAGCCAAAUCAGGUCUUCCCCUCUUUAAGUCUAAUACCACUGACACAGAUGUUCACACUGGCAUCAGAUCUGCAGCUGCUAAAUCCUGCUGCAGGGAUGGCUUCUGGUACCCAGACCCUCCCACUCAGCCUGGGGGUACUGAACACCCAACAGCAGCUGCAACCCCAAAUGUUGCCAGUUAUUGUAGCACACCUUGGAGCCCAUGGUGCUAUCCUGAGCUCAGAGGAAUUGCCAGGGUCCCCACAAAUCUUCACAGGCCUCAUUUUUCAGCCACUGUUUCCUGGAGCCAUCCUGCCUACCAGUCCAGCUAAUCCAGAUGCCCAGAAUGGAAUCCUUCCUGCAGGGCAAGCAGGAGGGAAUCCUGCCAUCCAGGGAACCCCGGAGAGCUUCUCCACAACUCCCAGCGACACAGAUGAUGACUUUGGAGUGACCGCCCCUGCAGGCAUCCAAAGGGGCACACACACUACCCAGGAAACCACCAGUGGGCCACCAAAUGGAACUCAGUAAGCUGUUUUGAAUUUUUUCAACUAAGCUGCCUUAAAUGUGGUGAUACAUGCAAAUAGAUUGAAACACACUAGAGACUGUCAGAAGAAACUCUUAGUUUACCUAACUUUCUUGAAAUUUCAGAAAACAUAUUUCUCAGAAUAUGUUCAGAAGAGAAUAAUGACUUCUGAAAAAAAAAUUGAAUGGAUACAUUUGCCUUUGAAAUGUAACACUAUGCCACCUCGGACCUGGAAGUUAUACAUA